CUGAUCAGUCAUCCGUAUUUGGGUGCUUUGAGUAUCUAGUACAGAUACCAGCUGGACUGCUUUCCCUCCUUUCAUUUCGACAGGCUGCAGUUGCAACUGCGCUGGUGUAAAUAUGUCGGGUGGCUGGUCGGUGAAGGAUCAUAAGAAUUACACGAACCCCAGCGCCGGGGUGAAGCGACCGCGCAACGACGUGGGGAACAGGGUAACAGUUGUUCUCGGAGCGCAAUGGGGCGACGAAGGCAAGGGAAAAGUGGUCGAUUUAUUGGCGACAGAGUCGGACAUCAUUUGCAGAUGCCAGGGUGGCAACAAUGCAGGACACACAGUAGUGGUUGACGGGAAGGAAUAUGACUUCCACCUGCUCCCGAGUGGAAUUAUCAACUCCAAAGCCGUCUCCUUCAUUGGCAAUGGGGUUGUCAUACAUUUGCCAGGCUUGUUUGAAGAGGGGGAUAAAAAUGAGAAGAAAGGUUUGAAAGAUUGGGAGAAACGACUGGUCAUCUCUGACCGGGCUCAUAUUGUGUUUGAUUUUCACCAAGCUGUGGAUGGAUUGCAGGAGGUGCAGAGACAAGCACAAGAUGGAAAAAAUAUCGGAACUACCAAGAAAGGCAUUGGCCCCACCUACUCCAGCAAAGCUUCUCGCACUGGACUACGGAUCUGUGACCUACUGGCCGACUUCAAAGACUUUUCUGCCAGGUUUAAGAGUCUUGCCCAGCAGUACCAGUCCAUGUUUCCUUCCCUGGAGGUUGAUGUUGACGCUCAGCUUAGAAAAUUGAAGGAAUAUGCUGAUAGGAUAAGGCCCAUGGUUCGAGAUGGGGUCUAUUUCAUGUAUGAGGCCCUUCACGGACCCGCCAAGAAGAUUCUGGUUGAAGGCGCCAAUGCUGCCCUGCUUGACAUUGACUUUGGCACGUACCCCUUUGUGACCUCCUCAAAUUGCACCGUGGGUGGAGUCUGUACAGGUUUGGGUGUGCCCCCCCAGAACGUAGGUGAUGUCUACGGGGUGGUAAAAGCCUAUACUACCAGGGUUGGCAUUGGGGCCUUCCCGACAGAACAGCUCAAUGAGGUCGGAGAGCUACUGCAGACAAGGGGCCAUGAGGUGGGUGUGACCACAGGCAGGAAGAGACGCUGCGGUUGGCUGGACCUGGUCAUCCUGCGCUAUGCCCAUAUGAUCAACGGUUUCACUGCGUUUGCAUUAACGAAACUGGACAUUCUGGAUGUGUUGGAUGAAAUCAAAGUGGGCGUGGCCUACAAACUUAACGGCAAAAGAAUUCCCUACUUCCCAGCUAACAUGGAUAUACUGCACAAAGUGGAGGUGGAGUAUGAGAAACUUCCGGGCUGGAAAAGCGAUACCACAGCUGCCAGGAAGUGGGAUGACCUCCCACCUAAAGCGCAGAACUACAUCCGCUUUGUGGAGAACCACAUCGGUGUACCCAUCAAGUGGGUCGGAGUGGGGAAGUCCAGGGAAUCCAUGAUCCAGAUGUUCUAGGCACGGAGAUCCCACGCCCGUGCUUGGCAGUGCUGACUGAAAUAUCCAUGAUGUAUUUUCUCUUCUCGGAUUUCCCCUCUUUAAAGUGGUGCUGCAGACCCGGACUUUCUUACCAGACGGGACACACAAACACACACAACACAACGCGUGCAACGUGGUGCCCAGCAGACUUACAAUCAUUUUGGUGACUGACUGUUCAGUGUAUGCUCUGCGCCUGUCUAUGAAUUCCUUGAGAUUCCUUGAGAUAAUUGAGGCUUAUUAUGUUUUUGCCAAGAAAAUGUUUGCAUCACUGGACAAGAUGGAGCCUUGUUUUUAGUUUCUUAUGGCGAAGGGUUCAUUGUGCGUGUACUACAGAUGAGAAGUUGAUGAAAGCACAAACUUCAGUUAUUAAGGUUGAAACCAAGCUUUAUGUUGAGCAUGAAGCAUCUUUGAUCCUAAGCAAGACCAUUUGAAGCCUCAUUAUGAUGUUGCAUUUUGUAUUUGAGAUCAUUUAUUCAAUCCGCAAGGCAAUUAAGCAGUAGUCAGAGGCACUUGUAACUUUGAGUCACCACCUUUUUGAAAAGUCAGCUUCUUUUUGUUUUGAGUAUGUCCAGUUUUCAGAAAAUGUAUGACUGUGACUUUUUAAUUGCUCAAUUUCCUUUGCAUGUGUCGAAGUGGUUAUUUUACAGUUUUUAAGUCAGCUAUAUAGGAUUCAUGCCAGUCAAAUUAGUUCACUCAGGACAAAAAUUUGCGUCUUUUUUGUUGUUUGUUUUUUAGCAGCAAGUCAGCCGACAAGAUCUUCGAGAUGAGGGUUUGAGUAUUCUCUUAAGUUUUUUUUCCCCCAAGCACUCCUUCUUUCACUGAUUUGACAUGCCAUUGGAUCAUCCAGAUGCUGUCGGUUGAUUGGAUGCUGCUCGUGCCAGUUUCUACUAUUGUGUUUGCACAGAUAGUCAUUAAUAAAGCUUAUUGGAUUCUUUCUGCCAUCCCCUUGUAAUGGUCAUCCUGAGUAGAUGCAUUGACUUUACUUGAAUAUGCCUUGGCCAGUACCCAAUGCUAGGGGCUUCUCCCGGCGUAUUGUCACACUUGUCCAUGUUAACUGUGAUGUAUGUAAGUGCAGUACUAUGUUGUCCAAAACUGUGUGGAGAAACUACUAUUACUGUAAUGUAAUCAUAGCACGACACUGCAGCAACGCACAAUACCGUUAUCUUAAAGACACUGAACUCUGACAUGUAUAUCCUUUGAGUGGCUAAAGGGCUGUUAGCUAGCAUAAAACCCAAACCCCACAGCCUUACAGAACCAGCCAGACAGAGCUGAAUAAUUCUGUGGGUGCUUCCAACUGCAGUUCCGAAUUAAAGAAGAGGAAAUCUAACUGCCUAAUAAAUCAGUUGUAAAGUU